AAACCAAUCACUUCAUCCAAAAGCCGAAAAGCAGUCACUUCACUCUCACUCUCACUCUCUCUCUCCCCUUUACACUGCUCGUUAGCUUCACCCACCACUGCCACUGCUACUGCCUUUUCCUCUCUCCAUCUACGUUCACAUCACUGCCUUUUUCGCCUCUCUUCAAUUCCUUUCUAAACCCGGGGGGCAUGCGAUGAAUGGGCAUGGGCUCUAGGCGGGCGCCACACAUGGCGAUGGAUUCCGCCUCCUCUUCCUCUUCCUCUUCCAACUCCUCCGACUCCCUCAACGGCCUUAAAUUCGGCCAGAAAAUCUACUUCGAGGAUGUGGGUGCUGGUGCCCUGGAGAAAUCCGGUGCUGGGUCUUCCGCCGCCGCCGCCACCGGUGGGACGCCGCCCAAGAAGACCGGGCUUGCUCUCGGCGGACAGCCACCCAGGUGUCAGGUUGAAGGGUGUAAAGUAGAUCUGUCCGAUGCCAAAGCUUACUAUUCAAAGCACAAAGUCUGUGGCAUGCACUCCAAGUCGCCUAAGGUCAUCGUUGCUGGACUUGAGCAGAGAUUUUGCCAGCAAUGUAGUAGGUUCCAUCUACUACCUGAAUUUGACCUAGGAAAGAGAAGCUGCCGCAGACGCCUGGCUGGACACAAUGAACGUCGAAGGAAGCCAUCACAUGGAUCUUUAUUUUCCUCCCGCUAUGGUCGUCUAUCAUCAUCUAUCUUUGAAAGCAACAGAGAUAAAGCCUUUUCGAUGGAUUUCACCACCUACCCUAGGUCCACUUGCGGUGAUCCCUGGCCAAUUGCCAGGGCAUCCGAACAGGUUUCCAGCAAUCAACCUGCUGCCAUAUUCAAGUUUCUUCCCCAUCCAUGUCGAAGUGAAUCUGAAAAUCCUUCAUCCAAUAUCAUGCAAAUUUCAGCAAGUGGAACCAGCUAUCCAAGUUUCACCAUUCCUUCGGGAGAAUGCUCUGACAAAGUCUCUGACUCAAGCUGUGCUCUCUCUCUUCUGUCAAAUCGACCAUGGGGUUUUGGGCUAAAUAGCUUCCCAAACGCUGAUGGAGCACCAGUGCUUCAAUCAGCAGUUACUCAUGGUGCAGCAGUCAAUCACUUCUCAAGCUUCGGGCGGGGUCUCAAAGGCAAUGAAGUUGGCGAAUCACGCAAACUGCCUCCUGACUGGGGUCUGCAUCAGAUAUCGCAUCCUGGUGAUCAGUAUUCUAGCAGGCUUGAUUUAGCUCAACAGAGUGGAAGGCAGUACCCGGAACUUGAGCAUUCUGAGGCCUAUGAUUCUUCCACUCUGCAUAUGCACUGGUCACUUUAAGUGCCCCACCUUUCCCUUCUGUUUAUGUGGCCGUCUUGGUGAGAGAUGACUUGGUUCUCAGUUGGAUUAUGCAUUCUUGUUAUCUUACCGACUUGCUCUUGAUGACUAUUAUUGGCUCCUGUGUUUGUGUUUCAUGUUGGGAUGAACCAUAGACGAUUGCAUCUUUUUCUUAAGUUGUGAAACCUGGGAGUAAUAAACAGGGAUGCCUCUUUGUUUUGGUUUCA